CCACUAUCCAGGCCACCUCCCCCCUGGACCAAGCACCAAACCCCCUCCCUUGACCGUGGUAUCCUCCGCUAACAGCAAGGCUAACCGUACUACCGCUACCGUAACCCCCUUCAGCCAAUCAGCCAGCACCGUCACGGUGACCAGUGGCAACGGCGGUGCAGGCACCAACCAGGCCUUGGCCGCCACUCGCACCUCCAGCUUCGCGGCCGCCCUGCGUAAACUGGCCAAGCAGGCCAACGACAAUGGCCCAGAUGAAAUCUCGCCAAGAACCUCGCCUGCCAGUACAACACGUAGCUCUGCCUCGACCCCGUCCAAGUACCACCUAGGACCCUCGCCCCUCGUGGUGCCUACCUCCAGCCCUCCGGUCGUUACCAUCGCCCCAACCCACACCACCAGCUCCACCUUGGAUUCAAGAAGGGAGCUUGAAAGAAGAAGUCAAAGCAACUCAGUAGAUCGUAGCCUUGGUAGGUCACUAUCAGGAGAGAGUGCUUCAUCUAUCUGGAGAGGAAAAGAGAGCCCAAGUCUAGGGCUAGGUCCAAGGAGACCACUAGCCCAAUUACCGAGCAAGUCGGAGGAGAUGGCUGGGAGGGGCUUUCAGCCGUACCGUGCUGGAGAAGACCCAAUCAGACCCCCGACAGCCACACCCCACCAUCUAGCGGCAUACGACCCCGCUGCCAUGGCUCAAAUCUCUUCAUAUCCAUUCCAUCCGGCGUUCCUCACACCAGCAAACCUUCAAUAUCCAACUUUCAGACCUGAAGAGCAUUUUGAGCGCUAUGCCUCCUACCCUGGUCUUCGGCCUCCAUUCCUGCCUCUGGGUUCACCCCAUGCACAACUCUUCCCCCACCCAGCCAUCAGCCCGCUCUUCACUGGGCUCCGCUACCCUGCAGACCUGCAGGCUGCUAUGCAGAUGCCCCAUCUCUCACCAGGAGCCAUGUCAUUUGGGGGACUGGGUAACCCCAUCACUGCAGCAGAAAGAGAGAAGGUGCUACAGGAGCAGCAGCGAGAGAGGGAACGAGAGCGACGUGCGGAGGAGUUGAGAUUGGAGCAGAACCGAGAGAGGAGUAGGAGCGAGAGGGAUUCAGCAUCUCUUCAUCACGACAGGGGUAGGGUUGAUGAGAGGAGGUACUCCAACAGCCCAGCAAGAGAUUCGUCAAGUUCCAGACGACCCCUGUCACACUCAUCGGUGGGGUCCAGCAAACCCUCGCCCCAGGACCAAGCCCCCCUUCCCCUCCUCAAGAAGGCAGACAGGGAGGACAGAUGGAGUGAGAAACACCGUCACACACCCCGCAGCGGACGGGAGGACCAUCACCACAAUCAGGAGUCCCCUACUAACUACUCCCAGCAUAGAGAUAUACCUUCCCAUGAUGCUACUCGCUACCUGUCAGACAGGGAGAGAAAAGCUCACCAUGAGAGGGAGCUGUUACUACAACAAGACAGGAAGAUUGCUGAAAGGCAUGAAGCUGAACAUCGGGAGAGACAGAGAGAAGAGCAUUCCAGCCAUCAUCCACCUCCCCUGACCUCUCUGCAUGGGUCAUCGCACCUAUCAGCACAUGUAUCCUCCCACGGGUCAUCCCACGGGUCAUCCCACGGGUCAUCCCACGGGUCAUCCCAUGGGUCAUCAACCCAUGGCUUGCCACACCCCUCCACCACCCAUGAGGUUCACAACAAGCUCAGUGCUUAUAACAAUCAUAGAACAGUAGAUUAUGAACGCUUGCCCCCUUCAAGGACGUUACAUAAUGAUAGCAAACAUACCGAACGCAUGCCCAGUGAUCACAGACGGUUACAGCAAGCACAUAGCGGCAGCGGUGGUGCUAGUAGCAACAGCAACAGUAAAUCGGGUAGCCACGUACCGCUUAAUUCCAAUGUGGAGGACAAGGAUUCACCGCGCCACACGCAGACUCUCUUGAAGAACCAGGCGCAGCUGGGACCCUAUGACUUAAGCCACCCGCAUGCAGAGUUCACAAGGCAUAUCCAUGAGUUCUACCGCAAUCAGCAUAUACGGGACGCUCUACCAGGUCACAUGAACAGGUCAAGCUCUGAGCCAGCCAUCAGUAAGCUGGAUCUAGAGGAGAAGCGCAAGAGCGAGGAGAGACUCAACGGUGUCUAUGCCUCUAGUGAGAGUGAAUCAGACAGCGAGGAGGAGUUGGAGGAUAAGCGGGAGCGGCAUCGCAGGAGGAUGAUUCGCAUCGUCAAACGAUCCAGACUCAAGAUGGAUGCUAACGAGAAGAAGUUUGGAUUCCUCAAUACUAUGGGAUUAAUCACUCAUAAAGACAGGAGGGAGGUGAGACGAGAUCAGAGGCGGAAGAGGAGGCGGAUCUAUGGAGAGGACAUGCCCCCAGCCAAGGUAUCUAAGGUGAUGCCCCAACCCCCUCUCUUACCCUCUGCUGCACCCCUCACCCAGGAUGACUUUCAGAAGGAGCUCAACUACCCUCACAAGUGCCGCUUUCUCCGCAUCUUUGGACUGGAUACGCUCACACAGGAAAAGAAGCAAGGCAUGGCUAAUGCCAAGAAAGCAGUAGAAGCAGACAGAGAACGUAAGAUAAGGAGAGAUAAUAAAGAUGGUGAUGCACCACAGCCUAAUAAUGCCGAUGCCCACAGCCCAGCAAUAGAUGCAGUGCUCCAGCAGAGAUUACAAGAGGGAAAGGAGGGUUCCCCUUACAUCAACUCUCACCCUGGUCUGCAGACCCCCCUCAACCACCUCCAGAUCGACGACAAGUCCUCCACCCCACCUGUACCUCUAGGAACAAUCCCGGGUUCAACUGCUGGUGCGGUGUCAUCAACGACCAAUCACAACAAUGCACAUUCCCCGAGCGACGUAGACUCCUCAGCAUCAUCAAUGCCCGACCCUGCUUCUAAUAACAACCAACAGCUACUGAAAACAGCACCUCCGGCAGGCAGCGGGGACGUGGUACCGACGAAGAGCGUGGAUGCCAUGCAGCUGAAGAAGGAAAUCAAGCAAGAGGUGGUGAAUGGUGAGUUGGCCAGCUAUCGCAGGAGAUCGGACGCCUCUUCAUCUUCAUCAUCCUCAUCGGAAACUGUGCUGAAACAGCCAUCGCCAUUCACUAUCUCAUCAUUCCUCAACACCUCGCGACAUAACUCAACAAACCCCAUCUCGGAUGGUUUCGCUCAGGAGUUCCAUCAAUCGGUGCUGAGAUCUACUCAGGAGAAACUCAAUCAAAAGAAAGGUGCAAGUUCAAACUCGUCUCAGAACGAUUCAGCAGCUAAACGUGACUAUCUCACCAUUCCACCAACAUCAUCUUCAUCAUCAACAUCAUCAUCAUCAUCAUCGUCAUCAACCUCCAGCAGGCAUCAACACCACCACCAACAUCAUCCGCCUUCAUCCACACCACCAUCAUCAUCAUCAUCAUCAUCGUCAUCAUCCAUCUUACCAUCAGCUGCAUCAUCACAGCAGAGUAGCAGACACAAGCCACUAAUGAUGAAUAACCGUCUCUAUUCCUGGCCUGGAUGGGAAGUCGUCUCAGAGUCAUACCAUAGAUACCUAGCAGAUCAACGAUCAGAGAGAUCCAUGCUUUUGGAACACUUAACAGGCCUUACGCACCACAAUGCAGAACUCAAUGGCAAUGCUGAACUGCUUGCAAGGAGGAAAAAUGAGCUGACAGAGCGCAUGUACGAGAUGCAACGAGAAUAUGAGAACUACAUGCGAGAAAUGCAUCUACUUAGGCAAAGAACAAUGGACCUAGAUAAGGCUACAAAAUGAUGUUGCUUGCCUGUCUAGUGAACUUAUCACCAGCAAUGAGAGAGUGCAGGGACCGUCAGCUCGCUCUUCUCAAACAGUAACGAUGGUUGGCGUUGAUUAUAGUGAAAGUAAAAAGCCUUGCUGAGGAUGUUUGCAAUCUUAUUCGAUGGUGCAUUGAUCCAUGUUGGAUGUCUUAGUGUGCAGGUUAUUGCCAGAUAAUCAAACAGACUUUUGAAUUCCAUUCCUUCGUUAGCUUAUAGUCUCUGUUCUUCAGUUCAACAAUUUUGAUUUCCUUACUUAUUAUGGAUGAUGGAAGCGUGCAGUAGGAUGUUCAGCAGAACAGGCCAGGAGCAUAGGGGGAGAUUUAGGAUCAAGAAUCGUGAGGUGUCUGUGGCUUUGUUUGGAGGAGUACUAAUAUCCUGCAGAUACAUGUGGCAGAUGGAUGAAAAAAAAACCAGAAUCAAACUUCAUCAACAAAACAACCAAUAGAGAGGGUGCCCAAGUUUGCCGUGGAUUAGGAUGCAAUGGAGUACAGAGGAAGGUUGAGUUUGUCAAUGAGCGCAAAGUAUUCGUGUUCAUCACAACAUGAAAUACCGGAGGAGCAAAAAUGUUGAAACAUACAUUUCCAAUGUAUUGUAACAAAAAUGUUAACGUUUUGAAAUAGAUUUUCUUUUUUUAAAAAAGAAAAUGUGGGAUCAGUUGAAUUUUAAAGCCGUCUCAGGUUACAUAUGAUAAAUGAUAACUGUAAAUCACUUGGAGAGAUUUGUAUUAAGCACUAUAGAAAUCCAAAUUAUUUAUUUUUUAUUAUUGAAAUUAUCAAGAAGAAAUUUAGAGGAACAGUAAAAUCCAAAGUAAUUUUCACAGAAAAGUUUCUAGACGUACACAAGACAUGGGUGCUUCAGAGCAGUAGUACAAGUUCCUUGACAGAACACUAUGUAUUUUGAUGGAUGGAGAAAAGAUUUUUGAAAAGAUGCUUGAAAACAUGGACCAAGAAAAUUAUAAAUCAAAGUCUGACUCCUGACUGGAAUGAUCCAUAUAUUUUCCAGUCUGGUGUUUUUUAACCACUCAAGAGCAGCUGUUAGAUUUGUGAAGUGUUUCAUUUGUUUACCCAACAAUGUAACAAUACUGAAGCUAUGCUGUUAAUGAAUUUUUACAGUUUGCCUGCAAGAUAAAACUAGAAAGCCUGCAACUAUAGGACAAAAAAAGUAUUUAAUAGGUAACACUCAAUUUCACCCCCCCCCCUUUAUUUCAUCACUUGAAAUAUCUACAGAUUUUUUAAAUUUUUUAAAAUUUGUUGUUGUUGGUGUAUCUCAUUUUGUUUGUUCAUUUCAAAGGAAAUGCAGUUGGCACCAUAGUAUAAAUUGACAUUUUUGUAAUAAACUUUGGCAGGCACUGUAAGAAAACUUGUUGAGAAUGAGAGUGCUGUGAGCAAUAUGCAUAGCAUACAUGGAGCUGCAUGGCAUUAUGAAAGUCAGGUUAGCAUAGUUAAUGUACCUGUAUAUUUAUUCUAUGACGGGAAAUGCUGUCUUAGAUAUGUUUGUCCGGCUAGCAGGGAUAUUUGGUUUUAGACAUGCUAUUUAUUUUAUUUAUACAAUCAAAUUAACUUUGGUUUUCUCUGCUGUAGAUUCUGUAUUUUUGGCAGCUUUCCGUACAUUUGUAGGAUAGUCAUUCCACAUUAUUUAUUCACAAUUGUAAUUUCCCUGUUGAUUUUGAAGGUUCUGAUUUUUUAGAAUAAAGGUAUAUAUAAAGAAUAAAGCAUAUUUUAUGCCCACUGCUUGUUUUCAUCAGCUAACACAAAACUACUCCAAAAUAUGGCAACUACCUAUUACUGAUAUUAAUCGUAAUAACUGCUUUCAUAUAGCACUUAUCACAAUUGAUAGGAAUGGUUAAAUUAAAGAAAGGCAAAACACAUUAGAGUAUCUUGAAUAUUUUAUGAGAAGGAAAAGCAGAAGAUACCAAACCAAGAACCAACCGGGAGGGGAACAUUAAUUAAGACAUGGAGUGGAAUGACACUUCAAGAGUCUAUUGAGGUACCUGCAAACAGAGAUAUGUGUCAAAAUGUUGUUGUCAAUCUCAGAGCUCGGAAAAGAUACCUUGAUAGAUAGAUAGAUCCAAUUAACAAAGUGCUGUUCCUGGAUGAUUGGAUUCAAUUACAAGUGCACAGCCUUCACUUUACCAUGGAGGGAGGGAGCUAGGGAGCAUUCCUGCCUGCCAGUCUAGAUUUCACAUAUGCAUAAAUCCAAUCAUAAACAAUACAUUCUUUCAAAGCAGACAUACGGAUUGAAUCAAACUCCUAUCUCACUACUACAUGGUAGCACAUGAGAGAAGAAAGCAAUAUUUAUCCAAGACUUCUGUUUGUAAUUCUUCGAAGAUUGUGACUAAGUAGUCUUAUUUUCAUAAAAAUCUAGACGAAGUGCUGCUACCAUUUUCCAAGUUUGAACAAGUAUAAGAGGGAAGUUAGGAUAACUUGACUUUCUUGUUACAUAAAGUUUGUUUAACUAUCAUUCUUCUUGUCACAUAGCCUAAUGUUAUUUUGUUGUCCCUUAUAAGUAAGCAUCUUUAUAUCUUUGAAGCAAAGUGCAAUCAUGUAAAAUACAUUUCACUUAAUGUUCAUAUCUAUUAUUAUCCACUGCUGGAUUAAAAUGUUUUUUUCCUUGAUGUUAGGAAAUAUCUUUCAUAAUUUAUUAACAUGUGAGACACCUCCCCCACCCAUACAAGAAUAUUGCACCUGUGUGUUUUUAUGUUCAACUGUACACCUGUUUGAUUUUUUUUUUUUUUUUUAGGGAUAUGCGCUGUUGUAAAUUUGUAAAUAUUGCAGUUUUUCACUCAAAGCAGUCCCUUUUUUAUUCAAUGUGGAGUUCUCUUUUAUGUGUGGCAAUAUAUGUAUACAUGUAUAUAUGCAUAUAUAUGUUGUCAUGUUGGUAGUUUUAUACCUUGAAUUUCAUAUGUAAAGUUGUUUUCAAAAGAUUUCUAGUUUUACACAAACACUUUAAUAUUUAUUUGAAGAAAAACAAGAAAAAAGGCAAUUAUAGAUGUUAAAUCUGUUUAGUUUGGUUUAAUAAUAAUGUGAUGACAUUAGACUUGAAGUCUCUCUUUCACUCUGAAACCAUUGGUAUGAAUACCUACAACACUCCAUAUGAUAUUUUUGUGAGUGUGAGAACUAGAGUGUUGGGAAAUUGUUUCCUUAUAUUUCUUUCAAUCUCAGCUAUCGAAUGUAAUUCUGGGGAAACAAUAUUGGCCCAUUCUCUUGUUCUUACAAAUAAUGACUAAACAGCGUUUUGGUCUUCAAAGAGUUAUUGUGUUGAGAAUGAUUCAGCAAUAUAAACUGAGUUUGUAAUGUAAGGACCAAAAAUUGAUGUUACAGUGGACCAACUUUUUUUUCCUUUUUCCCUUUAUUUCUUUAUGAUAAUUCCAUGCUCAUAGUCCGGACUACCUAGACCGGUACAGAAAGAUAUACAUGCAGUGAUUUUUUUUUUCUUCAUAUUUUUUUAAUACAUACUGUAUCUGAAAUCAAUCCAUUUGGAUCAAAUUUAAGAACGACAACAUUAAUGCUUAAUUGUGUUAUUAUGUAUCGAGUAUUUAUUAAAUGGAUAACACUUGAUUUUGUUUUGAUUUUACAUGUACAUGUUUUUCCACACAGGGUACUAUUUAUCCAAUGUGUUUUUGUCUCCUUUUUUUUCUUUCUCAACACAAUACAGAUUUUUUUUUUUUUCAAGAAGUGCUGGAGUAAAGAAAAAGGCAGCCAUCAUAGUUCAGCUUCAGAAUGUGGCAAAAUAUAUUUAUAUUUAAGAUUCCAAACUAUUUUUCUGUUUGAUUUUUAAACAAGAAUUAUUACAAAUUGAAACAAUGAGAUAAAAUAGAGCAUCUAUAAUUGAAUAAUUAUCAUGUUGCAAAUUUGUCAUUUAUGAAGGUUCCAUAUUAGCCGAAAGAAGAUUAUCGUAAGGCAGAGAUUCACAAAACAUCAGAUUAUUUUGAAAUCUUUGUAGUCUUUAAAGACCCACUGCACCUCU